UCUUGUUGUAGCCGCCAGCCUCACACAAACCAGAUACUAGAUCUCCUCUUCCUCUCUUUCUCUCUUCUUCAAUUUCCAUACUCCCUCUCACACUCACUUAAAUCUACAGAGUAUUACAUUAAAUAAAAACUCGUUCUCACUCACCACUACGACUCUCUGGCUUUUUAUUCUUUAGAUUUUGGGGGUUUUUAAUCUAUUUAACCGCAAACGUCGAAGUGACGAAGCUGCGUAAUUGAUUUAAUUUCUCUAUUUAUUGAUUAAGUUGUGUGGUCAACUGGUCAUUGAUUUACUCCAAGAUUAUUGCUUUGUUGACAAAUCGGAUUGAUGUUGCUGCUUCUUUUCCUUUUUUGUCAACAACAAUCUUAAGGGGAAGGGGUACUCUUACUUCUUUUUGUUUUGUUGUGGGUUCUUUUAGUUUGGUAUAAUUUUAAUUUUGCUUAAUUUGUUACAAUAUCUCUCCUCCUUUGCUUUUGCACUAACAAAACGAUGGUAAAACAUCAAAUUAGAGUUAAGCACAAAGGUGGGGACUAACCUUUUAAUUUUUUUACCGUUUGGGACCUAUAACUUUUUUUUUCACCGAUCAGGAUCUACUAUUCACUUUCCGGUCAAAACUAACCAAAGUGAAUAAAAAAAUUAGUCCCCUUGAUUAAAAUCUUAGUCCCUUUGGUUAAGAUACUGUGGCAAUAACUUACACUAGAGGAAAAAUUCUCAUAGGUGGCUCAUCAAAGGUUGCCCUUAUACAACAAGAGCCACCUUUGAUAGUUAAAAAAAAAUAAAAAAAAAAUUAAAUCAUUAAAAUCUUUCCCUCCCUUUUGUUAAGCGCAUCUUUAGACCUGCUUCAUUCUUCUCUCGCAGUCACUCCAUACUCACCUAUACUAGGUAAAUUUACUUCUUCCCUGUCGUGCACAGUCAGCCACUCCGGCCACCAUCACCACCGACUACUUUUCAAGUGUCCUUUAGAAAUUACUUCCAUAUUAAAAAAAAGGAAAACAAAAAACACUUUUGAAACCAAAAAAAAUUCUCUCAUUCUCUUUCAAAGUCUCCUGCAAUUCUUCUCUGCUUAAUUCCCCGCACUCCCUCUCAAGCGCCCUUAUGUGCCGUCGUCAUCUUGAUAAAAACAUCACCGGCAUACAAGUUACCAACGUCAACCACCACCCUCAAGUAUUAAUCGAAGUUCAUAGUUGAUUUAGGUCGGGAAUCUUCAUCCAGAUCUGCUCAAUCUGGGUUACACAAGGGCUUAUCUCCUCAAACUCAAUGAAUUUCCGCCGCGAACCUCGAAAUUCGAACUGAAGAACCUGUUGUUGUGAAAGAAAUUGAUGACAUCAGAGGCAUUAAAAGGGAUCUAAUUAGUGAUUCUGAAAAAACUUCUGCCAACUCUAUGUAAUUGUUGCUCAAUGUAUAUAUCCGGAGGAUACUUGAGAAUCAGAAGCAUAGAGGUACAACAUUUCCAUUCUAGGAACAAAGACUUUGUUUACAGAUGUUCUUUUGAUGAUUUCUUUUGCCAAUUUGAGUUUGUUUAGAGAAUAUGAGGGUGGUUUUAGUUUGUGUAAACAGACUGUUGUGGUGUGAAAAUCAACUGGUACAUAUAUAUCAGACGGCUACCAAUUGUCAAUAUUGUACCAUGAUGUCCAGCUUUUUAGUUGAGUUACAAUUUAUCAGCUGACAAAACUAGAACAUAUAUAAGAUGUUGUUCACAAGUCCUUACAUUUAUCAACUAGAACAUACAAUUUAUCGGCUACUAAGUAUCUUUCACUUUGGCAUAGAGUUUCAUCAGAAACCAUUUCUUAGUUACCUAAUAAUGUUGGUAUGGACCACUUAAUGCUCCCAACAGAACUACACAAGUGGUGGCUUCAAAUGCUUGAUAUCUCAAAGCUUUCAUCCCACUUCCACACUACCUUUUAUACUAAGAGAAGAAAUAUUGAACAGAAACAUUUAUUUGCUGUUGUAAUUUGAAAGGAUUGUCAUUGUGCAUUGGACGAGAGGAGGGUUUUUAUUUUAUUUUAUCCAAAUCAGUGUUAAGAUUUUUUUAUUUUAAUUUAGGAAAUUUCCUCUUUGGAUGUCUUCUUUUAGAUUCUUGUUGAAGUUGAUAAUCUGCAAGACUUUUAUUUUUUUGACUCAGGGAGAAAUAGCAGCAGCAUUCGUGACUCUUUUUCAACGGUGUCAGGACUAGCAACUGCAGACGUGGUAGAAAUCCCAAUACCAUAUGUUGUUGCAGAAGUUUCUAUUAAGCGUCUAGCCUCUCUAAACAAGCCUGAAAUCCCAAUACUUGUGUUGGGAUGUCUGUUUGCAAUUGCCAGUGGUGCAAUAUUUCCAGUAUUUAGUACAAUAUUUGCUAGUGCGGAUUGAAAUGUUUUACAAGCCACCAGAUAUCUUGAGAAAGGAUUCAAGGUUCUGGUCCCUUAUGUUUGUUGUCAUUGGCUUAGCAACACUGAUAUCGUAACCAGCUAGAACCUAUUUCUUUUCUUUACCUGGGUGUAAGUUGAUAAGAAGGAUCAGAACUUUAUGUUUUGAGAGAGUACUGCACAUGGAGAUUGGCUGGUUUGACGAGGCAGAAAAUUCAAGUGGUACAAUAGGUGCAAGGCUAUCUGCUGAUGCUGCAACUAUUCUGGCAUUGAUAGUCCUCGUCUUAAUCCCUCUCAUAGGAAUCAGUGGUUAUCUCCAAGUAAAGUUUACGCAGGGAUUUAGUGCUGAUGCAAAGAAGAAGUACGAGGAGGCUAGCCAAGUUGCCAACGAUGUAGUUGCGAGUUUCGUGUUUUCAGAGUUAUUCGAAGGAGGAUCAAGAUUGCUGGUGGUGGUGAUCCUAUUUUCUCUAACAAUUUGUUUAAGGUUUUCACAACUCCAAGGGAGGGGCCCUUCACCAAAGAGGAGUUGGAUGAAGUUCGAGACAAGUGGGCUACUUACUUCAACGAUUGUGAAUUACCCUCAGGCUUGUAGUUAUUCGUGACUCUUACAUUAUUUUGUUAUUUAUCGAUUUAAUUAAUUACAUUUGAAUUAAUUCGGAAAUAUUAUUGGAAAUUUGAAAUUUAUAUCAUUUUUGAGGAAUAUCAAGAUGAUGUUUGGUGAAACAGUAUUCUAUAAAUUAUAAUGCAGAAUUUUAUAUUGCAAAA